AAAGGUUUAAAGAGUCUGCAUGUGUUUUAAUUUUUCGUUGAUAGUAUUCCUUGGCACAAUUAAAUAAUCGGCUUGGCAACACUGCAUAUACUGAACAUGGGGAGUGAAGCGUUGGAGUAAUGUCGGAUAUGUGUUGUCGUUAGAUUCUGUUGUGUUACUGACACCAGGGCCAGUUCGUUUUAUUCUCCUUGGUGAUAUUUUUACGACAUGGGAAGAUCGAGAACACGAAGCAAAUCACCGAAAAGGCGGCACAAAAGUAAACACUCUCGGAAAAGAUCGAAGUCUCGUGACAGAAGCUCUCACAGCAAACACAGUGAAAAGACAAGGGAAAGGAGCAACAAAUCAAGGAAAAGGUCACAUUCUGGAUCAUCAAGCUGUAGUUCAGAUGCUUCAGACGACGUACCAAGAACUGGUGGGCACUCUAGGAAAAGAAGUUACCAUGAUCGGAAAAUGGAUGAAGUUGAAAGACUGGCGGAGAUGGAAAGACAGAGGAGGCAAAGGGAGCUAGAACAAAAGAUGGUGGAGGAAGAAACUGCAAAACGAAUUGAAGAGCAAGUGAAGAAGAGGGUUGAGGAGGAAUUGGAAAAACGAAAAGAGGAAAUUGAGGCAGAAGUACUCAGGAGAGUUGAGGAAGCUAAGAAAAUAAUGGAAAAGCAAAUGAUGGAAGAAAUGGAAAGACGGCGAGAACUACAGUUGGAAGAGGAAAGGAGGAGAGAGGCUGAAGAAAGAAGGAAGCGUGAAGAGUUAGAACAGAUUAUGGCAGAAAAUAAUCGUAAAAUUGAGGAAGCCCAGAAGAAACUGGCAGAAGAGCGCUUGGCUAUGGUUGAGGAACAGAGAAAGAUGGAAGAGGAACGCCAAAGGCUGAGAAAAGAGCAAGAAAAACGAAUUAAGGAAGAGCAGAAGAAAAUUUUGGGAAAGAACAAUUCACGACCCAAGUUGUCCUUUACAUUGAAGCCAGCUGUAUCGUGAACAGGUCCAACAAGUCCAUCGUGUUUGUGUGUGUGUAAUCAUAUUUCAAAUGAAAUGUGUGUUUGCAUGAUCGAGGAGUUCAUUUUUUCACUCCAUGUGGGUGCUUAAUGAGAACAGGAGUUGACUCAGGACUUAAAUGUUCAGUUUUCAGGUAAUAAUGAGAUAUUCUUAUUUUACCCUGUACUUGAAGUUUUUCAGUCUGUUUUACCUGGCGAUAUAAUUUAAACAUCAAGCUGUAAAAAUUUAAAAGAAAUAUAUUUGCUGUGGCAUUAGUGGUGUUGAAUCAGGAGUGGAAACUAUUCAUCUAUGAUAAAGAGCAUGAAUGCAAGCCCCUGAAAGACACAAAAUGACAAAAGUUGCUGCCUGGAAAUUUUGUACAGUUCUUGUCUGAUAUGCAUAUGACAAUUUUAGAUUUUUUUUUACAGCAUUGCAGUAUAGUCUUUUGUAAUCUUGAAAGGGUAAUGUCUGUACAGUAACAAGAUAUUGUGUAGCUUUCAGAUUGUUAUUCAGUAUAACCAAACUAGUAAUGCCUUUCAGUUCCACUGUGUAUUUUCAUUUACUAUUUCCAUAAAAAUUCAUUAAUUUUUCAGCUCUUGAGAUUAUCUUUUGUAGCAAAUACUGAUUUUUGCCAUAACUAUUACUGAAUUUUAUUUUUUUCAUUUUAUGGGAAUGUAUCUAAAGGAUACCAUAUUGAAAUAAUUGUAAAAUGAUAAAAAAAAAAAAAUUAACAGAAUUGGGCAGAUUCACACUUGACACCUCUCUCUCUCUCUCUCUCUCUCUCUCUCUCUCUCUCUCUCUCUCUGUAUUUCCCUACUAUGUUGUCAUACAGUUUAUAUGAUUCUGUUGUAAGAAUGACAUGUGCCGUUUUAUCAUUAAUAUUUCAGGUGAAGUGUUGGUUAUUGAUCUUAGGGUAUGAGUGUUUUUUCGGCUUAUUUACUCAUGGCACUUACAGUAAUUAUAUUACCGCAGGAUGAAUAUUGGUCAAGAUUGUUUUUUAGUGUGGAGAACCAUACUGCCACAUUGCCUCUGCAGUUAUAUCUUUCAAUGAGCUAUCCUUCACAUAUUGCCUGUACAUUUGUGUGUUUCCAUGAGCCAUUCUUCAAGCAGGAGUUACCUUUUUGAAGGACAUAUCUGAGGGCUUUUGAAACUGUUAACAAUUUAGCCAUUGAUGGACUUUCAUGUUAUAUCAGGUUCCCAGCCUUCAAUGUGGGGCUUGUAUUGAAUUCACCUGAGCGCAUAUUUGCUCAACAUUUGAGAUGGUAUUAAUUGUGUCCUACCUUAGUUAAAAGGUGUAAUUAAUAAUUUUGCAUUACUGUGGUGAUAUUUAUCACUUCUAAAGACUGCUAUUGAGAAAGUGACAAUUUUUUGUCAUUGUGUCAUAAAAGGAAUUACACACACAAAGUGCCACCUCUUGUUGUGCAGGUCAGUAGCAAAGCAGAAAACUGCUUAAUUUUCAAUUUUUUCUAACCUGGGUAUUUUGUUGUCAAAGAUGUGGUUGAUUUACUAGUGAUUAUUGCUACAUUACUAUUUGCACAUGACACAUUUGUCCCCCUUCAUUUUAUGUAGCGAAAUAUUUGAAACUGGCUCCAUUUUUGUUACUGCAUUAGGGUUAUUUUAUAAUUAACUGAGAAAUAUUCUGAGGAAUGUUUGUAGAAUUAUCCACGUACUCAGAUUGAGAGUGGGUAUUUGUUAUUUGUACUACUAGGUAAAACCUCUUCAAAAGUUCUUGAAAUAUGUGGUCCAAUAAGUUGGUCUACAGUAAAAUAUUUGUUUUUGUCUUAGUUAUCCGUUCUUAUUUUUGCUUUGUUAAAUAUUUGAAUCUUUCUUGGUUAAAAGAAAGGGACAAGAUAAAAUGCCAACUGUGCUUUGCCAAAUCUUGCCUGUCUUUGGCAACAGUAUGCCUACAGACUUCACCUCCAUCCUUUGAUCCUUUGCUUUUCCUUUCCUUCUCUCUCUCUCUCUCUCUCUCUCUCUCUCUCUCUCUCUCUCUCUCUCCCCCCCCCCUCUCUACCCCCCCCCUUUCCCUCUCCCUCUCCCCUUCUAACCCCUUGCUCUCUCCUAAUCAAGUUUCAGAAUGGUGUGCAUUUUUCAGAGGUCAGAGUUAAUUUCUAAAUGUUGUAGUUACUCAUUUUGUACUAUUUCUGUCUCUGAAACAUAGUAAUAUGUCACAUUUUGAUACAAUUUUUCUUUGAAUCUAAAGUUCAACAGUAUCAAGUGCAACAGUUAAAAACAAAAUCAAACGUGUCGUAAAUUCCCUCUUACUCAGCACAGGCAAAUUGAAAACAUUGCCCUAUCAAUGCUCAUUCCAUCUUUCCAUCAACAGACUGCCUUCCUCAGCUGAUGACAUUUCUGUAAUAUGACAGAUAUUAAUUUAUUUUGUUUUCGUCAUGUUGACUAUCCCAAUAUUUCUUUCAUCAGUAGUUCUUUGUAAUAUUGUUAUUUUGCUCAAGGUCUGCCUCGUGUGGAACAUUCUAUUUACUUUUUGUGAAAUAAUAUAUAAUAUCAUUCUUUUUUGUGGAAUUGAAGACAGCUUUGAAAUGAGGAAGACAGGAGAAAUACAGUUGUCCCUGUAAUUAAUCAUUAAUGUAAAAAUUGUGAGGAAGGUAUGGCUGUGAUAUUUUUCGUAAAUGACCUAUCAAGGAAAAAAAGGGGAAAUGUAAAAAUGUAGUUAUUUAUAGUGUAGCUUGUAUUUAAAAAAUGUGAAGAUGAGAUUUUUCUGAUAUGUUCAGCACAUUAAUAAAAAAGAAUGAGACGUGCAAACUGGCAUAAUGCUUCAGUUAUUUUCAGUGAAGUACACAUUAAGUUCCCAUUAUUGCAGUAUAAGAAUGGAAUUUUAUAUUUAAGUGUAAUUUGCUAUUUAAUGAGAGGUGAAGAACAUAAGAAAGGGUGGAAACACCUUUUGGAAAGGUUUCCUUGUGGCAUUCAGAAGCUCGCAGUUAGUAAAUACAGAUACAUUAAAUAUCAAGCUUAUUACAGUUACAUUCAUACCACUUAUUACUAGCAUGUUCUAUGCCUUCUUACAUAGAAACAAAGCAGCUUGAAUUUGGAUUUUAAUAGGUGCCUUACAUUUCAAGAAAUGCUGCUUAUCUCUCUCUCUCUCUCUCUCUCUCUCUCUCUCUCUCUCUCUCUCUCUCACGCGCACACACACAGAGAUAUAACUCAGAAGUAAAAGUAGAUAUUGCAGGAUUCUCUGUAAUGUAACGUUUAAUUGAUACAGGCACCAAAAGGUAGGUGUGUGUGUGUGUGUGUGUGUGUGUGUGUGUUCGUGUUCUAAAAAGUGCUGAUCACAUAGAUUUUAGAUUUCCGAAAGGACAAACAAGAGACAUUGAGAAGUCAUUUAGGAAAUACUGGCAAAUAAUUUCAUCAAAAACUUUAAAGUUGAAUGAUAAUUAAGAUUGAAAGAGGUAUAUUUUAGGAAACCACCAUGUACUUGUUCUUACGUUAGGAGCUGUGCUGCUUUACUACUUUUUUCAGCAUCUGUGUUAGCCUGUUGUCACACUGCAUGGCUUGUGUACUGGGAGCAUUAUUCAUUAAUAUUGUGUUAGCUAAGGGACUCGGUAGAUUAGCUAUUGGUUCAUAUUAUUGAAUCUGCCUAGUGUUUCUUCAGACUGGAAGUGCAGUUAUCUGUGAAUGGUCUCCACUUUCUUACAGAUCUAGCAGUUCACAGCUAGAGUAAUGAGCAAUAUGUUCAAGUAUGUUUUCAUAUGUGCUUGUUGAGAAUUGUGCUAUUAUCAUUGUCACUGUUGCAAAGCUAGCAUAUCUUUUUCUAUGUGAGUACUGAUUAGCAAUAUUUAUAUCAAACAUUUAAAAUAUAUUGUGUUUUGUAUUAUUGUAAAUAAAUGAAAUAAAAUCUUUAGUCUUUUACACUCUGUACAAAGAAAUGUCUUAAUGUCAUAGUAGUAAGAAACAGCAAACUUAGUUUGAAAGUGGAUAUUCAAAGAAUGGUCAGUUGAAGAUUUUAUUUUAUUUUUUUAAAUUUUUUUUCAGUGCUCUUGUUUCUGAACUAGUUAUUGUAAAUAUGUCUGAGGGGUAGUCUUGUGCCAAGGUUCAGAUUUAGAUAUUUUCACGUCACAUUUAUUCUAAUUUGAUGUAAUGUUGAAACUUAUAGCACAGAAUUGGAUUCUUGUUUUUAUGUUGUGCUUCAUCAGUACAAUUAUUUCUUUGUAGAAAUCAUCCAUUGAGGUUUUUUUUUACAUAUGAGUAUUUUGUCCACAUUUGUUUUUUUUAUUAUUAUUAUUAAUGAUAUGGGAUGUCUGUUUUUUUGGUUAGUCCUCUCUGCAUCUCUUUCUUUUGAUAAAAGUUAUUGGUGACACUGUAAACCAGAUUUGCUUAAAAUUUUCCAGGAUUGUGCGCUUGAGAUGGUCAGUAUUGUUUUUAGAAAUCUCAUGGAAAGAUUUAAACUGUAAGUGCUUGUGUGGAAUCAUAUGACAUAGUUUCAGAAUUCGUGUAAGUUGUGCAUUUUUGUUGCUCAAUAAAUGAUAACAGUGUUAUUGAA